AAAUGUACUGAACAAGCGUUAGCCAAAUUAAAUACAACAUUGACAACAGCUUCAACAACAAAAACAGAUGAAAUUGAAAAAUUAUUACGGAAAGAACUGAAAGAAAAAUUGACAUAUUUAAAAUUUAUCGUCUAUCCAUCAUUUACAACAUCAUCCAAAACAGAUUUAACAAACGAUAUUAUUUCACAUUAUAUACUACGUUUGGGUAAGUGUAAUAUUUGAACGAGUCGUUAGAUAAAGUAACAAGAAUCCUGGUUCAAAAAGAAAAUGAAGCAUAGUAAAGUUAUUCGAUUACAUGUUCUGUGCUUGAUAGCUGUCGUGAAACUCAUAAAAGUGACAAUUGUGCUAAUUUUCGUU